AACGUGUCCUCGCCGCUGCAAUCCAUACCAGCGCAUCUGCAGAAGAUGUGCUGCGUGGUGUGGCAUCCGAUUGAUCCGUAUUGUUUUGUUACGACGAGUGCGGACGGUUAUAUCAAGAUGUGGAAUUUUGGUGAUUUAUCAAAGCCAAGGCAUUCAAUUGGCGUCUUGCCGGCGCCUGUAUGGAAAUUAAAAUUUUCGUUCGACGGCGAGGAAUUUGCAUCGAUUCCGUUACCGCAACGUGGAAUACAGUCAUCCAAGAAUACUCUGAAUGUUUGGAGGACAGGAGAAUUGGAUAAUGCACAGGCGAUGAAGGUUAUAUUUAUUAUUAUAUAUUAA